UACACGGGUCCGUCGACAUGGCGCUUGCAAGAGGUGUCUUUAUUGUAGCAGCGAAGAGGACACCAUUUGGUGCCUUUGGUGGCAAAUUAAAGAAUCACACCACCACUGAUUUGGCAGAGAUAGCUGCUAAAGCUGCUCUUGCUUCUGGUAAAAUUGACCCAAAGUUGAUUGAUUCUGUCAUAUUUGGAAAUGUUGCACCAAGUUCUAAAGAUGGUUCAUAUCUUGCCAGACACGCUGGCCUGAGAGCUGGUGUAAAUGUAGAAACACCUUGUCUAACUGUCAAUAGAUUAUGUGGUUCUGGUUUCCAAUCAAUUGUCAAUGGAUGUCAGGACAUUGUGGUUGGUGAUGCGGAAAUCGUUUUAACUGGUGGAUCAGAAAGCAUGAGUAUGGCACCAUUUGUCGUGAGGGGUGUUCGUUUUGGUACUAAACUUGGACAGAACUAUGAGCUAGAGGAUCAACUAUGGGCUACCUUGACAGAUUAUCAUAUAAAGACGCCUAUGGGCAUCACAGCUGAGACACUUGGUGCUAAGUAUGGCGUUACCAGGGAAGAUUGUGAUAAAUUUGCACUCAGUUCACAACAAAGAUGGAGAGCAGCCAAUGAUGCAGGCUUUUUUAAAGAAGAAAUGGCACCAGUUACGUUGAAGAUUAAAAAGAAGGAUGUUGCCAUGGACACUGAUGAACAUCCAAGAGAAGUAACACUAGAAGCCUUAUCUAAAUUACCACCAGUAUUUAAAAAAGAUGGUUUAGUGUCUGCUGGAAAUGCUUCAGGUAUUUGUGAUGGUGCAGGAGCUGUGAUUUUAGCAAGUGAGAAUGCCGUGACCAAACACAACUUAACACCCUUAGCUAGAGUUGUUGGCUACCAUGUAUCAGGCUGUGAUCCCAAUAUAAUGGGCAUUGGUCCAGUCCCAGCAGUAACCAAUGCAUUGAAGAAGAAUGGACUUUCACUUGAUGACAUGGACCUAGUGGAUGUAAAUGAGGCAUUCGCUGCUCAGUUCUUGGCUGUCCAGAAAGAGCUUGGACUGAAUCCUGAAAAAACAAAUGUGAAUGGGGGUGCAGUUGCAUUGGGACAUCCAGUGGGUGCAUCUGGUAGUAGAAUCACAGCACAUUUAACACAUGAACUCAGGCGACGUAAGGGAAAUUAUGCUAUUGGUUCAGCUUGUAUUGGUGGUGGUCAAGGCAUUGCUGUAAUUAUUGAAAACAUUAAAUAAUACAAAAUACAAGUCUUUCAAUCUUUAUUCAGUAACUGUGUGUAAGAGACAGUCACUAAUAAAAUAGUGAUGAAUUACAGUUUUCAAAAUGUAUUCAGUGCAAACCCUUACUACCAUAUAAUGUGUAUCCCAAUCCCAGCCUUUCUGUCAUUACUAUAAACAUGAGAAUUCAUGCAGUUACACGUUUAGUAACCAUCUGGACAGGACUAUAAACACUCUUCUACAUGCGUGUGGUGGCUAACAUGUCUUCAUGCAUCUGUUUCUUGAAAAGUUCUUUAUCUGUCUAGUACACUGUUAGUAAUUUGUAUAGUAUCGCAUGGGAUACUGGUGAAAUGUUUAUUAUCUUAAAACUAGAUUUCCAUUGGUAUUGAGGGUCAUAGUAUGGUGAAAUUUCACUUGUGCUGAAGGGAAAAAAAUACAGACGAGUGCGAUUAAACAUUUUUCUUGAUAUUGGCUUUGUGUAGCAUCACAUGAAUCUUUGUGCAUACAAAUUUUAAUCGUACUUGUUUUUGUUUAUACCCACACACAAGCAAUGCAACUGUUAACAAUGUCAGAUAAUGUAUAAUUGAUUAUAUCUCACAAUUAAUAAAAGUUGAGUUAUGAAAGAAUGUA